AUGGAAAAUUUUGCUUUUGGUUUACUGAAAUUCUUAGAUAAAAGAUUAAGCAUAAGCUAUAAGUACAACAAGAGAGAAAUAUUAGUUCGAGAAUCUUUGGGAAAUAUUGCACUCUUUUAUACUCGUGGUACCUAUAAUUUAGUAUUUUCUCCAUUUGACGAAGAAACACAAAGAUGUCCCAACUUUGAAAAGAUCAAAGCUACAUUUGUUGAAGUUUUGAAUGAUAUAGUGUAUAAGAUUGAUACCAGUACUUUCAGAAUCAAAGCAGAGGAAAAUGCAUUGCCUUACUUCUUAUUUUACUUUAAGACACCUCCAACCAAAGGGAAUCUAACAGAAAGCCUCUUCAAAGAUUAUCUACACGAACAGGAUGAAGUGAUAGCAUCUAGUAUCUCUAAAGAAGUUGAUAUUGUUGAUUCCAAUGAUAAUCAUAUAUCAUCAUACUUUGUGGUAAAAUUAGUUAGCGAAGUUGCUCCACCCAAAACUAAACCAGGAAAUUCUUUUGCAGGAACUUCAGUGAAAGCUUUGACUCAUUUGCCAAAACGAUACACACAACAACACAACACAGAUUUGGAAAAGUACUGGAUGUAUGAAAAUGGGGGACAUCCACAUAAUAUGGAACAUAUAGACUAG